GAACCAUCCAACAAUCCAACGGUAUAUCUUAUCUGGUUCGCGUUUGUUUUAGAUCCGAUUCCAUAGCUUGCUGGAUCCGCGAGCACCAACGUGCGUCAUUCACUUGUUGGUUGUUGGUAUCGCGGCAUGUUGCGAGAAAUCGAAAAAAAUCGAGAAAAAAAUACGUGAUUCGGGGGGUUCAAUGCCCACAACUUUUUGAGAAGAAAAAAAAAUGGCUGACUGUAAACACCAGAUUCCAACUUCCUUAAUUUCACAGUGUUUACCUGCCUACUACUGAAACAAAACAAUAAUAAUUACAAGAUACAUGUGGCCGUGUUGAUUGAAGCAUUGCUCCGAAUGCUCCAAUAUAGGUCUGUACGAAAUUGAACAUCUGAACAUUAUAAUGUAACGAAGAAUGUAGUGUUAAUUUAGUGGUAGUGGUGAAAUAGUUUGUACUGGUUUGUACAUGUUUGUAUCUCGGUUUCUAUCUAAGUUAUGUGCGAUGAAGUGAUAGUACAAAGCAGCAAUGAAGACAUGGAAUCACUUAUUCAAGAUGAAAUGAUCGACGAUGAAUUUUUCGAAACUACCAGGAGUGUAUUACAUAGAAAGAGUUCUUUAGCACUGACUCCAGAGGAAGAACCGUUGGAUAUCUAUAGGGCACCACAUGACGUGAAAUUCGGACAAAUAUUACCACCAACUAGAACUUUGAAGGUACUCACAGUUUUUUCGGGCCCGGACCAAGUCGCAGAGACGUUUCAAAAGGCUGCCGAAAAACUGAGCUUCGAAAUCACCACAUGCAACUCCGACAUAACGGCUCUGGAGGAGUACCAGCUGAAAUCGCACGACCUAGUUUUGGUGGACACUCGCUCCACCAAAGGAAUAGACUACGACACCCUAUGUCGGUCUAUAAGGAAUACCAGGGGCAACCAACACACAGUCAUAGUAGCUAUAGUUAAGAGAAAUGCAUUUGAAAAAGAUGACAAUACGAUUGUUCCUCUUCUGGAAUCCGGUUUUAAUAGGUGCCUCGUAGAGACCACCAACGUGGUGGCGUGCGUAAACGAGAUGAUCCUGCUGAGGCACAGCGACAUCCGGCCGAUGGCUCAGCACGCCACCUGUCAAGGCCUCUACGCCGCCUUGGAUAAGUGCAGAGACGUCGUCAUCGUCACAGACGACGCGUACAAAAUUCAGUAUAUUAAUCGAUCGUGCGAGAAGCAGCUCGGCGUGAGACAAGAGGAGGCUGUCGGCAGGAACUUGCACGAACAGUUGAUAAACGAUUACGUGCAAAUCAGCACGAUGGGAUCCUCAUUGUUGAGAGGUAGGGAAUGGAGCGGACCCAUGACACUGAAAAGGAAGUCCCUAGAUAAUAUAGUCACUACUUGUAAAGCCGUUUCUUUCUCUUCUUCGGGAAGAUUACCCACACAUUUCAUUCUCGUAUUCGACUUGGUGCCUACGGAUACGAACGUCCUAGCUCAAUCCAGAGGCAGCAUCCAUUCGAUCCGGAGAGGCUCAAACGAUGUCAGGAGCGUAGGUAGCGACUAUUUGCGUAGGACGUCCUUGGCCAAACUGAAUGCGUUGCCUAUAGAAGCACCAAUAACAAAAGUGAUAAGUCUGAUUGAUCAGGCUCGUGAUGGAGCCAACCAAAAUCCGACCGUCGUCCAACUGUUGGACAAAGUCGAGGACAUUCUCAAGAAUUCGGACAUGUACUCCACUCAUGUCAAAGAGGACUUGAAGAUGAGGACGGACGAACCGGUGGUUUCGGACUUGAUAACGGCCUUGUUGUCGAGGCAGCCACAACCUACUUUUUCGGCAUCUUCGAGGCGAAGCAGCAACGAUUCUGCAGUAUUUAGGCCUUCUAGAGCUGGAAUGGUCAAGGUCCCGGCUGCCUUGAAAGACCUGUUGGAAUCCUCGCUGGCGUGGGAAUUCGACAUAUUCCGGCUGGAAGAGCUGACCAAAAGAAGGCCUCUGCAGCAUCUCGGCAUGUCGCUGUUCAAUCACUUCGAGGUGGCGGCGGUGCUGAACUGCGACGAGAAAACGUUGUUCAAUUGGCUGACCGUCAUCGAGGCCAACUAUCACGCCACAGCAGGUUUCCUGGAGAAGGAACGCAUGAAGUCCAUCAUGGAGCAGCUGGAUGAGGCGACCAGCUUGAUAGCGGCUGCCGCCCAUGACGUCGACCAUCCGGGAAAAUCCAGCGCUUUCCUAUCAAACGCCGACAGUCCGUUGGCCAUCCUCUACAAUGACGUCACCGUGCUUGAGUCACACCACGCCGCGCUCACCUUCAAACUCACCUUAGGUGAUGAGAGAAUAAACAUCUUUAAGAAUCUGGACAGAGAGACGUACAAGAUAGCGAGAUCGAACGUGAUAGACAUGAUCCUAGCAACAGAAAUGACAAAACACUUUGAGCACUUGGCCAAAUUCGUGAACGUAUUCUGUACGAAAUCGUCCAGCUCCGAAUUAGAAGGCGACGGCGAUUUCCUGCCCCUCUCCCUCCCCGAGAACGUCACCCUCGUCAAGCGCAUGAUGAUCAAGUGCUCGGACGUUUCGAACCCGACGCGCCCCCUCAGGCUGUGCGUCGAGUGGGCGCGCCGCAUCACCGAGGAGUACUUCCAUCAAACCGACGACGAGAAGGCGAAAGGGCUGCCCGUGGUGAUGCCCAUGUUCGACCGGUUCACCUGCUCCAUACCCAAGUCGCAGAUCGGCUUCGUGGAUUACAUCAUCAACGAUAUGUUCGAGGCUUGGAACGGUGAGUAUAUGGAGAGAUCUAGGCUAUUGAGGUGUUCAUUUGGUCUAGCUGGUGCUACUGUUGUUAGCUCCUGUUGCUCUAGCAGAAGUAUCCUUUGA